AUGAAUAAUGAGAAAGAGUGCUUGGCUUGUCUGGAAAAGAUCGUUAAUGAUGAAAAGUUUUUGUUGUGUUCAGUGUGCAAAAAUGUGUACCACCUGGGCCAGGCGUGUGCUGGAGUUAAUGAAGCGUCCUAUGCAACACACUGCAAAUACUUCAAGCUGACGGCGAUGUCACUCCUGCUCGUUAUCUUCGCGGUCUUACUUACACUUGGCGGAGUCAUUCAUGCUGCUCACGCACAAAAUACGGCCGCAAAUUACCCGGAGCUCAGACCAGAACUCGGGAAAUAUCAAGACGAUUCGAAGUGUUUUCCCCUGAAAGAGACUUGGUACGUAACGUACCGAAGCCACGAGAUCGACCCGGGCUUUGGAGGAAAAGCGAAGUGCGUGAAGGGUUCUCAAACCGGUCCAAUGGUGGCUGGAACGGCUCCGAUGCUCCUUCACAUCGGAGGAACGAACAUAAAUGCAACUUAUAUCCUGAGGUCCACCGAUGGUCAUCAAGCCAAGAACGCUGGGGAGUUCAAAACGUCUCAGGGAUCAGUGAAUGUCCUGAUUCCUUACGUGGACUGUGCGACUUGCAAGGUGUUCAGACAUCCUUACAUCACAACAGGUUCCGCUUGCAGCGUUUUGGUUCCGGAGAGUCAGCUGGGAAAGGCCACCUUCUGUGAUUUUGUCUUCGAUUUGCUUUGUGGAGCCAGUUCCAAAUAUCAGGUCUACGAGGAUGGCUGCAAAGAAAAACGCUAA